CCCGGCGGUGGCGGAUGCCGCGAUGCUGCUGGUGCUGUCGGCGGAGCACCGGGCGCACCUGGGCUGCUUGCCGCGGGCGGGCGGCGCAGCCGUGGGCGAGCUGGGCCGCCUGGCGCUGGAGCAGCUGCGGCGGGGAGCGGCACCGCGGGCCUGCGAGGCCGCCGCCAGAAAGCUGGACAUUGGCGUUGACACCAUUCAGCAUGGAGUAGAGGGACUAACCUAUCUUCUUACUGAGAGCUCCAAGCUUAUGAUUUCUGAGAUUGACUUUCAAGAUUCCAUUCAUGUUCUGGGGUUCUCAGAUGAAUUGAACAAAUCCUUGCUCCAGCUGUACCUUGACAACAGGAAGGAGAUCAGGAGCAUUCUUGGAGAGCUGGCACCAAGGCUGCCCAGCUACCACAAUCUGGAGUGGAGACUGGAUGUGCAGCUUGCAAGCAGAAGUUUGAGACAACAGAUCAAGCCUGCUGUGACCAUGAAGCUAUAUCUUAACCAGAAUGAAGAUCAAACUGCCCAGGUGUUGCAAACUGACCCUGCUACCCUUCUCCACCUGAUCCAGCAACUGGAGCAGGCACUGGGGGAGAUGAAGACGAACCACUGCAGGAGAAUAGUGCGCAACAUGAAAUAGCCUCAAUUCCUGCCUGCUCUCCUACUGAGCAGGUUGUGAAACAGCUCAAAACAAUGCUCACAAAUACACUUUGAGGAAAAAUAAACAUCUGGAUCAGAUGAACUGCUUUCCUGUGCCAGGAUCUUGAGCCAGUAAUUACAGGCCAAAUGUCCUCGGCUGCCAGCUUUGCAAAUCUGACAGAUACAAGAGAGGUAAUUGGGUUUGCAUUACUUGCAAAUGGAGGCAUUCAGCAUACUAUGCUGAGAAUUCCUUUAGCUCUAAAUUAGUAUGGAUCUGCUUGAGCUUUCCUACCUUUGGUAGAACUGUCUCAAUAUUAUUUGAAGCUGCAUAUUUACUGUUACAUUUAUAAAGUAAUUUUUUCUCUUUUGCUUCUCUUUAAAAUAUUUUUUAAACCCUUAUACUGGUGAGAAUGAUACUUUGCAGGAAGACUUCUCCCAUGUAGACUCAGGUGUGUGUAAAAGCCGAUGUGGGACUGCUGCCCUUUUCCUCCUGAGGACUGGGUCAGUGGGGGCUGGUGUGACACUGCUGCUCUGCCCUUCUCACCUAUAACCGAGCCAACACUCCUGUUAGCAGAGCCUGCUGUGACCCCGCAGGACAGCUGAGGCUUUCUGCAGCCAGCCCAGUGGCCUGCACUGGGUUGGCAAACUGGUUAUAUGUGAAGGUGGUCUGAAAACUUGCAAAAGCAGAGCUAUGGGUGAGGAGGCAGGUUAAGAAUAGUGUUAACCUCUGCUAACUCUGGUCUCUGUGCCCCGAUGCCAUGGUUUGUGUUCCACUGUUCAGAUAGUGCUCAUAAAGGCAAGACCAGCUAUUGCAACCAAAAUUAUGCUUUUCCAUUGUUAAGAAAAAUGUCUAAUAAAGAUGAUGUCAAAUGUCACUUUUCAGUUGUAUUCUAAUGCAGUAUUUUGCAGCUUUUGUGAUUGAGAUUAAAUGGUUUUAGUAAUCCAUGCUUUAGUGUCACUGCUGAGGGUGCAUCAUAAAGGCCUUAAAGUAUAUAGGACAGGACAAGAAGGCGAGAGAGAACCAUAACAUACAGAUUCUGGCAAUAACUAUUCACCGUCUUUCAUGGCAACACCAUAAACUUCUGUAUUAAUUGUGUUUUUACAUUCAAAACUGCAUUCUUUCUGUUUUGGAUUUUUGUACUUCUGUACUACUAUUUCAAAUUAAACCUGCAUGACUGAAGUGCUUUAAAAAAAGUUUUCUGGAACGUGGAGUUGCCUGUUCCGCAGCUGCUGUGCAGUGUGGCGAUGGUGUGAACAAACUGAAUUGCCUUUCUCUGUGAAUCAGCAACGUGUUUCUUUUAUCAUCCCUGUGUGGUGACCUUUUUCAUAGAAUCAUUUUCAUAUAUAGUACAUGGUAAUUAAAUGUUACUACUUGGGAUUUUUGUUUCGUAUUUUUUUAUGUAAUUUGCCUCUUUUUUCAGUGAGACACAAGAACAGCCAAAAAGUAGGUGAGUGGUUUCCCUCAUUCCAUCUUUUCUCACUACAUCCACAGUCUGUAACUCAGGGCAGCAAGACAGGAAUUUUAGAUACAAAUCCUUGAAGCUUUUUGUGUCAUUGCCUGAUGAACUUGAAUAUAUUCACAUUUUUGUCUCUUAAAGUUUUUUAAAAAACCCAGCUGCUCUAGAGCUGAUUGGCAUCAUGGUAAGUGCUGGCAACCUACGUGUCACAUCCUGAAGCAUGUGCUAGCUAUAGAGGGAGAGGGUUUCCCUUGGGGAUCCUGAGUAAAAUGGACAGUUGAAGGCAGAUGCUGAGAAUGGAAAAUGAAACACCUUUUCCCUUUACAAAAAAUUACCUCAGUUGAGGAUGGUCAAAGUUAAACUUUGAAUCUGGGUGAAACUGAGAGAAACUCAAACUCUGACAGUGAUCCACGAACAGACAAGAGAGAGAGAGGGAGAAAGAUCCUUUACACCAAGUGUGUUGCUUUUGAAUUUUUACCUUUCAGUUUGUUCUGGGGGAAGAACUGAGCCUGGAAAAGCAGCUGCUUGGCAGCAGGAUUUGGGCUUCAUUAUUGGAAAGGCAGAUUUGCCUUUAGGUGAGGUUGGAACUGGUCUAACUACACCUCUGCAAGUUGUCCCUUUCCUUGUUUUCACAGCACCUGUGACAGCUGCCCAGGGCUUGGCACCUGAAGUGCCAAGUGUGACCACGCAGUGCUGCCCGCACCUCGGAGGGCAGGGAAAAGGCAUCUGCAUCAGUAACCCAGGGAUACUGGUAAAAUAAGAAUUCACCUUUGCAUCUGGUUUUUUAGAUUUUUCAAUCUGGAUUUUUUCAGUUUUGUUGUAAACUCCCAAGUGAAAGGUGGCAUAUAAAGCUAUAUUUAAUAUAUCUUCUCUAAUGAAUUUGCACUUGCUUUAUAGAAACAGGAUAUGGAGACUACCAAAUCUGAUUAUAAUUAAACUACUAGCUUUGUUUCCUGGCAAAAUCCACAUCAGAAAACCCUCUCCAUGUACAUGCAGUUUAUUGACACAGAAGAAAACUGUAUCUUUCUGCAAGUUAAAUUAGUUAUGCUAAAAAAGCAUGUUUUGUGCUGGUGUGAUUCUCAGCACUGCCCUGUGCUGCCCUCCUGCCUUGAGACAGCAGAGCUGAGCUGCUUUUGCUCUGCAGCCACUCCCUGUUUCAGCCCUGUUGGCCAGGUCAUUGUUCUGGGCUGUUGGCAGUGUGCACACAGGGACUCAGGCUGACAGAGCAACUCCAGAACAACUCAGGCCAAUAAGAUCACACUGUAUUAUAAUAAUUUCUGUAUUUCUUUUUGUAAUUCUGGACUUCAACUCUGAAGCAGCAAAUCAGGUCCCACUUUAUCUUACAUGACUGUUUUGGGACUUACUAAUCCCACUGAAUUUGGCCAAAAAUCAUCUUCCAAAUCUGCCUUGAGUAACUGAAAGUCUGCAAAACUGGCAGUUUUUUUGUCCUUUAAACAUUGCCACCAUUUCCACAAACGAGAAUUCAUUUCCUAAUUCAUUUAUGUGUGAAGUCAGCUAUAUUAGCAAACCUCAUUGUCAGCAGCACUCAGAGAUGGCUGAGACAAACCAGCGAUGGCCUGUCUCUGUAUUUGUUCCCCUGUCUCUUGGGAGAGGGCACACUGAGUUCAGUCAAGAGGCUGAAACAGGCAGCUGGAGCACGGGGACUUCUGACGUGGCUUCAGCUGUUUGCAAACUCCACAGUGCAGCUUCCCCGGGAUCCCCACUGCAGACCCUGUCACCUGCCUUUGCUGGGGAGGAGCAGUGUCUGCAUGUCCCAUUCUGCUGGCUCUGCUCUAAGGCACAGUCUCUGAGACUCAAACACUGCUGCAAUUUUUUGGUUAGAGCAGCUGUUUCCAAAAUGAAUGUCUGAGCAGUCAUCUACAGAGAUGUCCACGUAGCUUGCUUGCCAGUAAAAUUACAUCAACUUAUAAAACAACAUGAACUGAGCUGACAGAAUGGGGUUUUUUGCUAGCAGCCUGCCCACACCAGAGGUUUUGCUGUCUGAGGAGGUAUAUGCUUACACAGCUGCUUUGAGGAAACUCCUAACAGACACCAGGUUUUUGUAUUAAAUAAACCACAGCACAGUUGCCUACAUAGGACAUGCUCUGCGUGCGUCCUGAGGUGCCAGCCAAAGUCUUGAAGCUGUCAGUCACCUGAGGAACAAACAGCUGGGAAAUGCACACAGACAAAAAGAAGCAUUGACCCCUUUGUUAACAAACACACUAUAUUUACUGAAGUACACUUUUGCAGAAGCCUCUUGAAAAUUAGAUUAAUACAGAACUACUAGCAAGAGCAGAAUACACAAAAAAGUUUAUCAAACGAUACCCUGUUGCCAUAAGAACAGAUAAAAAUUAUUUGCAUGACAAA